AUGAAUUCCUUCAAAUUCUAUCUCCCAAUUCUUGUCCUUUUACAAAUUUUAACAUCUUCUUUAGCUACACUUUAUCCAGUUUCUGUUGCUAAUAUAUUGAAUGCACCAUUAACUAUCCAUUGCAUAGCACAAGGACAAAAUGUUAGUAGAGACAAUGCCCCUGCUGGUUUUGUUCUUAAUAUGUCUAUUGACACAAAUCUUGCUAAUCCAACUGCUACAUGUCAACUAAGUUCUGGAAAUUUGCAAGGGAAUUUUGUGGUUUUUGAUCCUUCAAAAGAACCUAACAGAUGUUUUAAUGGAAGAUGUCUCUGGCAAGCAAGACCAGAUGGGCUUUACCUUGUUAUUAAUGGCCAGUUUAGUUUAGUGUAUAAGUGGCCAUAA